AUGACUGAAACUUUGAAGCCAAGGCAAAACCUAUGUGGCCACAAUGGCUGGGUUACGCAAAUCGCAACAAAUCCUAAAUACCCUGAUAUGAUUUUAUCUUCUUCGCGAGACAAAACUCUCAUCGUAUGGAAAUUGACAAGAGACGAGACCAGCUAUGGCGUACCUCAGAAGCGUCUGUAUGGCCACUCGCACUUCAUCUCAGAUGUCGUUUUGUCCAGUGAUGGAAACUACGCUUUGUCUGGAUCUUGGGACAAAACUCUUCGUUUGUGGGAUCUCGCUGCUGGAAAAACCACCAGGCGUUUUGAAGAUCAUACAAAGGAUGUCCUGUCAGUGGCGUUCUCAGUUGACAACCGUCAAAUAGUGUCAGGAUCCCGUGAUAAAACCAUCAAGUUGUGGAAUACAUUAGCAGAGUGCAAGUACACCAUUCAAGAUGAUGGCCACACUGACUGGGUUUCGUGUGUUCGUUUCUCGCCAAACCAUGCCAACCCUAUUAUUGUAUCUGCGGGCUGGGACCGUGCUGUUAAGGUUUGGCAUUUAACCAAUUGCAAGCUCAAGAUCAACCAUCUUGGCCACUCUGGAUACUUGAACACUGUUACAGUGUCCCCUGAUGGUUCACUUUGUGCGUCUGGUGGCAAAGAUAUGAAAGCCAUGCUUUGGGAUCUUAAUGAUGGCAAACACUUGCACACAUUGGAUCACAAUGAUAUAAUCACAGCACUCUGUUUCUCACCUAACAGAUACUGGCUUUGUGCUGCAUAUGGGCCUUCUAUCAAAAUUUGGGAUCUGGAAAGUAAGGAGAUGGUGGAAGAACUCAAACCAAAAAUCAUCAACCAGGCCCAGAACACUAAGGCUGAUCCACCUCUAUGCUUGUCUUUGGCUUGGUCUACUGAUGGUCAGACCCUCUUUGCUGGAUACUCUGACAACAUUAUUCGAGUAUGGCAAGUCUCCGUCUCAGCACGAUAA